AUGCAUCGACCAUCUUCGACUAAGGUGUCGUCCCGCCCACCGACACGAUCUAAAUAUAACUUUCGAGCUUUCUAUCUUACCAUAUUAAUCAUCUCAUUCUUAGCUGUGAUAAGUCUCGUCGCAGACCAAAGUGCGAGAUAUCGCCACGGCUCUCAAUAUGGAGUGGCACAGAAGCGAGCACUAGAUGCGCUGGACAGUAGGAGACUUGUGAAACGGGACGAAGAGUGUCGUCUUGUCCAUCACGCCGAAGACAAAUGCCAAUUCAUACUAGCUAAUUGUCCUGAUGAGACUGCAGGACUCCUCAACUACCUUUCGCUUUACUAUUGCAAACUACCGAAGGCUCAGCCUGUGGCUUUCCUCAUUCUCAUACUAUGGCUUGCAUUGUUAUUCUCGACGAUCGGGAUCGCAGCGAGCGAUUUUUUCUGCAUCAAUCUAUCAACAAUUGCGAACAUACUGGGCAUGAGCGAGAGUAUGGCGGGCGUAACAUUUCUAGCUUUCGGUAAUGGUAGCCCAGAUGUAUUCUCGACGUUUGCCGCAAUGGGUUCGCAUAGUGGCAGUCUUGCGGUGGGUGAACUCAUCGGAGCAGCGGGGUUUAUUACUGCAGUUGUCGCUGGAUCGAUGGCUUUAGUAAGAGAAUUUAAAGUCGGCAAAAAGACAUUUGUGAGGGACAUUGGCUUCUUCAUAGUUGCAGCAUGCUUCACUAUGGGUUUUCUUGCGGAUGGUGCUCUUCAUCUCUGGGAAUGUUUUGCGAUGAUUGGGUUCUACCUCUUUUACGUGGUGAUAGUAGUGGUGUGGCAUUGGUAUUUGGGACGAAGACGACGACAUCGUGAAAGAGACGCCGCAGCUCGUGGUCAGUACUUGGUGAUGACGAAUGAAGAAAUAGAGGUCACUGAGGAAGAUGGUGACGAUGAAGAUGCGCCAGCAGGAGAGAGGGGCUUCCGUAAUAACGAAGACUUCGCGUCAUUAGAACGUGGCUCUAGUCCUCAUCCUCGCACACAAGAAGAGGAAGACAGUGAUGAGGAUGGAGACGAAGGCAGGCAUAUUGCCGCCGAGGUGGCUAGCAGUAUGCGAGUAAUACGACCAUCUGGUAGCCGCAGGAAUACCAUAACUCCCAUUCGUCCUAGUUUAGUGGGUGCUCUAGAGUUCAGAUCGGUUCUAUCAACGUUACAAAAGUCUCGGGGUUCCCAUGGUCCGCCGAUAAAUCUACGACGAUAUUCAGACGAUCCAUCGACAUCACUUGAUCAAGCCAGGGCAUCUGCAACCACAUCGGCUCCGGCGUCGGAAUAUGCUUCGAGUGUGAAUCUUACCGAGGGCGUCGAGAACAACAUUGAGCGGCCUAGGCUAGACCCCAUACGCAGCAGAGCCGUCUCUAUGAACGCUGCGUCAGCCCUUAAACCCACUGAUCCUGCCGCCUUUACUGUCGCAGAUGUGCCAGAUAUUGGCAUUGUAGCAGCCACUCCAACCUUCCCACGGCUCUUAGAUGUGCCAUCUACAACCGGCAGCCCCGCUCCUAUAUCGCCAACAUUUUCUAUUUCGUCCCCUCGGUCUUUUCAUGGAUCAAAAAAUGACACACUAUUUACAAAAAGCACACCACGCUGGAACGACGAUCUGUUGGCACCACCUGGGAAUGACUCUCCAGCACCGUCACCCCGACAUCCUCGCUCUCCAGACCUACAGCCGCAAGAUUCGUUGACAGAUUCUACUGGAUCGCGAACAAUGCAACGACCUCAACUUCAAAUUCCAACUUCCUCAAGGGAUAGCUCGCGAACCCGGAUACAGUCGCCGAUCUUGCCAUUUCCUGUCUACUCGGAUUCGCCAGUGUUGAUGUCAGGAUCUAGUUCUAAGGCCCCUAGUAUCAUGCUACCAGAUUCCGAAAUAACACCCGAGUCGGUUAAUCUGGAGCAUGAGUUGCAUUAUGCAGAAAGGCCGAUUAACUGGUGGCCAUAUCGCAUACUACCUAGUCCACAAAUCAUACUUUCAGCUUUAUUUCCUACUCUAUUCAUAUGGAGAGAUAAGAGCGGAUGGGAAAAAUUUAUCAGCGUCGUUUCGGCCCCUAGUAUCUUUCUUCUGGCAAUUACACUUCCAGUGGUUGAGUCUGAAUCCAAAGGUGAGGACGAAGAGAUAGACUACACUCAAGAAAGAAGGGAGCCUGGCUCGUCGAGAAGAAACACAGGCCCAGUACUGAUCCCUGAUAGCCCAUCAUUGAUUUCGGAGGCAGAACCCGAAUGGCUACAGUAUCAACGGAGUCGGCGGAACACUCAAACCGAGAAUUAUCCUCAAUCGCCUAUUUCAAAUUUCAGUGAACACAACACUGCCGCCAUAGCAAUCUCGGCCGAGAGCCACCAUUCUCAUUCACGUCCAAUUUCCAUGUCACCUCCCAAGAGGGCUAACUCGACCCACGAGGAUGCAGUCCAUAAUGGUCCCGGUGUAGAGCCUUCUAGAGGCUGGAACCGCUGGCUCGUUGUACUCCAAUUAUUCACAGCACCUCUCUUUGUGGUGUUAAUAUUUUGGGCUAACAGUGACGAUGGUGACUCAAAGUCACUCACACAUUUGAUUUUGUUUUCCCUUCUCGGAUCUCUGGCAGCGUUCGCCGUUCUCGCAUUAACAACAACUCAUUCAAAACCCCCCAAACAUCGAUUCUUGCUUUGUUUCCUCGGUUUCGUCGUAGCUAUUGCUUGGAUUUCCACCAUUGCCAAUGAAGUUGUCGGAGUUCUCAAAGCAUUUGGCGUCAUUUUAGGUAUUUCAGAUGCAAUACUUGGCCUUACCAUAUUCGCCGUUGGCAAUUCAUUAGGAGAUCUCGUCGCCGAUAUUACAGUAGCCAGAUUAGGAUAUCCUGUUAUGGCAUUGAGUGCUUGCUUUGGAGGACCGAUGCUGAAUAUUCUCAUCGGCAUCGGUGUUAGCGGCGCAUAUAUGACGAUUAAAGAGGCCAACCACAAACACUCCAAGCACCCGUACAAAGAUAUUAAAUACAAGCCAUAUCAGAUUGAAGUCAGUGGUACACUGAUGGUCAGCGCCAUCACUUUACUUAUCACUUUAGUUGGACUCCUCAUUGCUGUGCCCAUGAACAACUGGAUAAUGAGUAGGAAAAUUGGAUGGGGCUUGAUCAUUUUGUGGUCAAUCAGUACAGUAAUCAACCUUGCUGUGGAAGUUAGUGGGGUGUUUGGUGAUAAUGUGGACUUAUCUACUUAUUUUUCAUGA